AUGGAGAAGCAACAUGUCGAGGCCUUACGGAAGCAUCGAGUGGAGCUAGUAAGGGAUGUGCACAGUGUGGAGGAGAUUCUUGAUCAUUUGUUCGGCGAAGGCAUAAUAUCAGACAAUCAACAGUGUCUCAUCCUGGCUGGCACAACGCCAGCGCAGAAAGUGCGCCUACUGCUAGAUACACUAGUCCGCUGUGGUCCAAAAGCCUUUACCUCUUUUUGUUCUGCCCUCAAAGCAACAAAACAGUUCCACCUGCUUGAGCUGCUGGAAACUAGUCAGCCGACCGAAGAGUCUGCUGAAUACCGUCCACCUCCAGAUAAACAACCCGCUUCGACCGGUAUAAUGCAAGCAGAUGAAGCACAUGGCACAAGCAUUGUGCAGCAAAACUACUCCGGCCCAAGAAAACCCCCCAGCCAGUACGUAAUCUCUCCCUAUCCUGUCUGCAGCAGGCCACUUGGCUAUAUUUUGAUAGUGAACAUUGUCGAAUUUGCGCCCGCAUGCCGCCUGAAACCUCGUCUAGGCUCCAGAAAAGACGCCGAAGGACUGGUGCGGCUCUUCCGAGAUAUAGGUUACUCUGUGGAAGUUUUGGAGAACCCGGACACGCCCACUCUGCUAGACAGCCUGGAGGCAUAUGCGGCGAAGCCGGAACAUGCUUCAGUAGACGCAGGUGGAAUGGUUUUAAUGUCCCAUGGUCUGCGCGACCAUAUCUACACUUCGGAGGGACACCUGGUCAGCGUUGAGAAGCUGCUGAGUUACUUCACCAACAAGGCACUGCCGGGACUUGCGGGAAAACCCAAACUGCUCAUCCUACAAGCGUGCCGGGGGCGUGCACAGGACUUUGGGACGUCUAACACCGAUUAUGUUGUUAGACGCGACACUUUCAAGCCAGCAGACGCUCCCGUCAGCAACUCCUCCUGGGGUUCACUACCCUACAUGAGCGACUGUGUGAUAGCUUACUCUACGCUGCCGGGUUUUGUAUCCUGGCGAUCUGAAGACGAGGGCAGCUGGUUCAUACAAGUACUGCUGGAUGUUUUUCGUCGACUGGGUAACAAACUGCACGUCAUAGAUCUUCUGGCUGAAGUAAACAGAAUCAUCGUUGAACAAUCACAGGAUCAAGUGUGCAAGCAGAUAUCUCAACCGGCCACAAACCUAAGAAGACCGUUCUUUCUCUGCACCAGAGACGCCUCCUGA